AUGACCAGUGGGGAAUGGGAUGAGAGUCGUGCGACACAGGGAGAAAAACCCUUCCUUUCACCUUUUUCUAAUUCUUCCUCAACCCGUUAACCUAGCCUCCUUCCUUGUUGGCGGAGAUCUCCAGGGGAGAAAACGCCACUCUCCUCUUUCUCCUAGUUUGAAGGUUGACGGCUUUAAGGGUGGAUCUAAGGUUUUCGUCGUCUGAUUUUGAAUUGUCAAAGAGAGGAAGAACAGUGGAAAGGAGCUGUAAUAGCUUGGAAACAACGAGAUGCUUAUCUUCCACAAGGGAAAUCUCACAGGUUGCUUGAGUGUAUUGACUUAGGAGGAAUCAAGUAUAUGAUCUGUAGAGACUCUUGAAACAUAUCGACUAUGCGAUUAAUUUCAACUUUGAUGGUGAGGAGGAAAUGGAGAGAGAUGGAGAUAGAAGCUGCCAGAAAUGGAUUUGAAGGCAGUGCUUGUAGUGAUGCUUCUAGCUUAAGGUGUCUGACAUCCAAUAGCUAAGUACAGACUAUGCCAUUAUGGGGGUUUUAUCUGCCCUGUCGGAUUGCAGCUUCUGUAACUCCCUUUGUGCAACCAUCGCUAAAAUCAAUCUGGACAACUAGUGUGAGCUUGGUGUCUACUACCAUGGAUGCAGUGGACAAAGAGAACAGAGAUAGAGAGUUGGGCAGCUUGGUGCCUGUUAGUGUAGAGGAAUGGCAGCAAUGGGGCACCUCCUCUCCAAUUCCUGCCAUGGUCGCAGAGGUGAUUGAAGACAUUAAAGCCCUCACACAAGAGUCUGAAGUUCAUGUGAACUUUGGGGGUUCUGGUGGGAAACUUCCGGGCUCUUUCAAGGAUCUGGAGGAUAAAAAACUUAAGGAAGUUUAUAAAUCUCUAUGUGAUUCCGAAAAGAAGCUGCAGUACUUUUCUGCAAGGCAAAUAGCAUGUCGUUUACUAGGAAGUCGACAACAUCUAUGCCAGAAGUGUUGGCUAGCUGUGGAAGAUUGCAUGUGCUCUAAGCUUAUUAAAUGCUCAUUAUGGCAGGGCAUUAAAUUUUGGAUCUAUAUGCAUCCAAAGGAUUUCUUGCGCCAAAAUAAUACUGGAAAAUUGUUAUGGCAAAUGUUUGGAAUUCAUUCGGCAGCUUUGUGUCUUUUUGGUAUCCAUGAACAUGAAGACAUCAUGUGGAAUGCUUUUAGAGAUUCAGGGAAGAAUAAGACCUGGUUCUUGUAUCCUAAUCGCAAUGAAUCCCCAAGCUCAGUUAAGGAUGUCUUCUCUGAUGAUCAAUUCACCAAUCUACACGAUGGAAAAAUGGAUGUUUUUGAAAAGCCAUUAAAUUUUGUUCUGAUUGAUGGUACGUGGAGCAAUUCAGCGGCAAUGUACAGACGCUUAAAGGAGAGAUGGAUAUCGACACAGGGAGAUGAACACCUGCCUUGUAUUUCUCUGUCAAGCCUUGGUGCUUCUGUCAUGCAUAAGCUACGCCCCCAACCGGCAUGGGAUAGAACCUGUACUGCUGCUGCUGCUGCAGGGAUUCUGGAUGAAUUGCACCUUCUUCCUAGCUUUAGUAUGUAUGAAUUGGAUAAACAGGCGGCGGCAACAGGGGACGCAUUAGAUGUGUUGCUGGAGGCUCUUGUGAAUCGCCGCUUGCGCUUGGGUAGGUCCAUCAAAAGAAAGGCGAGGCACAACAACUGCAUAUAAACAAUAGGCUUGACAGUGAAUUUGAUAUCCCACUUAGGUCCAAAUGAGCUGUUUGUUUGUGCCUUCCCUACUCACUUUCGAACUCAUUUUUCUAAAUUGCCCCCAAAUCCAUAACUCCGAAGAUAUAUUUGAUGUUAGAGGAGUAAUCCAUCUAUGAGACACCACAGUUUUGCUACACCAAUGCUGUCGCCUAACAUAACCAGAGAUUCUUCUCUGCCAGACUUUGUAAGUGUUAGCUUUCAGCUUCAUGGAAAACUAUUCCUUUUUGCUCAGUUUAGUAACAUGCGGAGUAACAUGCGGAUGGUUUGGCAUGGCUAAAUGAUUAUGAUUAUUAAUAUUAUUAUUUAAAUAAGGAUUCUGAACUCUAUCAAGAACUGUUUAUACAGCAUAACUAAAUUGUAUUCUUUUAAUAGUCGAUAUGUCAAGAUAUAUAUUUUUUAAA